CUGACCACCACCCUCCCCUCACCGAUCUCUCAUCCUCCCCUCAUCCGUCUCAGUCAAGAUGCGUGAAGUUAUCUCUCUCCAAGUCGGGCAGGCCGGUGUUCAGAUCGGUAACGCGUGUUGGGAACUUUACACGCUCGAGCACGGGUUGAACCCCGACGGUCGUCCCUCCGAGAACUCGAAGACCUAUAGCGAUAGCGGUUUCUCGACGUUUUUCUCCGAGACCGGUUCGGGCAAGUAUGUUCCGCGUUCGCUCUACGUCGAUCUUGAGCCUGGUGCAAUCGACGACGUCAAGACCGGUCCCUACCGCUCGCUGUUCCACCCUGAGACGAUGAUUUCUGGAAAGGAGGAUGCGGCCAACAACUACGCUCGCGGCCACUACACUGUCGGCAAGGAGCUCAUUGACCCCGUCAUGGACAAAAUCCGCCGUCUGGCGGACAACUGUAACGGUCUCCAGGGCUUCUUCGUUUUCCACUCGUUCGGCGGUGGAACUGGCUCUGGUUUCGGUGCUCUCCUCAUGGAGCGCCUGGCCAACGACUACGGCAAGAAGUCUAAGCUCGAGUUCUGCGUGUACCCCGCGCCCCAGCUGUCGAGCUCCAUCGUCGAGCCGUACAACUCCGUGCUGACGACUCACACGACUCUCGAGCACUCCGACUGCUCGUUCAUGGUCGACAACGAGGCGAUCUUCGAUAUUUGCAAGAACAGGCUCAACGUCUCGCAGCCCGGCUUCACGAACCUGAACCGCCUGAUCGCGCAGGUCGUGUCCUCGGUCACCGCGUCGCUCCGCUUCGACGGCUCCCUCAACGUCGACUUGAACGAGUUCCAGACCAACUUGGUGCCCUUCCCCCGUAUUCAUUUCCCCGUCGCUUCGUAUGCGCCCCUUCUCUCGGCCGACAAGGCUCACCACGAGCAGAACUCGGUGUCUGAGAUGACGUUCUCAUGCUUCGAGCCCGGCAACCAGAUGGUCAAGUGCGACCCCCGCGAGGGCAAGUACAUGGCGUGCUGCCUGCUCUACCGUGGCGAUGUUGUCCCCAAGGACACCUCCGCUGCCGUCGCGAGCAUCAAGACGAAGAAGACGAUCCAGUUCGUCGACUGGUGCUUGACCGGCUUCAAGCUCGGCAUCUGUAACGAGGCCGCUGCGUGCGUUCCUGGCGGUGACCUUGCCAAGACCACUCGCAGCCUUUGCAUGCUCUCGAACACGACUGCCAUCUCCGCGGCGUGGUCGCGUCUGGACUACAAGUUCGAUCUUCUGUACUCCAAGCGUGCCUUCGUUCACUGGUACGUCGGUGAGGGUAUGGAGGAGGGUGAGUUCUCCGAGGCCCGUGAGGAUCUCGCGGCUCUCGAGCGCGACUACCAGGAGGUCGGCACCGACUCCGGCGACGCCGAGGAGGAGGCGGGCGAGUACUAGAGGGUUCAAUCGCUGUAAUGUGUUUCGCUUUGCUUCAUACCAUAGCCUAUCACCUCGGCGGUCAAUGAGCACCCCUAAGUCUGGCUACAAUACCACGUUGUUUACGGUGCUGUCCUCUGUAUUCAUGUCGAAAGCUGCAGUGUUUACCAUAUAAGAUGAUUUUCAUCUGGAGAGGAUGGGAGAUAGUUC